AUGUCACAAUUCAAGCCAUUCGGAGACAUUCCGCGUAACACAUAUCGAUCUGCUUCACGAGGAGGCAACCCAUCAUCAUCUGUAUCAAACAUCAACACGCCCCCCCAAUCGCCACCGAUUGGGAUGGGACCUAAUACGCCCAAUGCUUUACAGCAGCAAAUAAAUUUUCUUCUUCAAGACUCUCCUCCCUCGUUCGACACUUCGUCUGAUGCCGCAUCCACGAACACAAUGGACCCACCUAAACCGUUUCCUCCUCGGAGCCUCAAGCCUCUCCCGCCACCUCUUCUUGAUAUUCGCACUGCCUCCUCACCAACUGUGGGGCCUGAAAAAUCACCUUCACCCACUGAGCGACGCAGAGGUCCGAAGUCGCCACUUCGUGCAUCCAUGUCUGCAUCGGGACGUAAUACGCCCGUGUCCCUCGCCGUAAAGGUCCCUUCCCUACAUGAACUGGAAGUGACGCCGCCCACUGCCAACGGCUCCUUCCAUGCCGAAAGUGUCAGAACUAGCACCUCGACCGCCAGAUCCGACUCUGAAGACGGUGGUUCUUGGGAUGUAUGUGACUCGGCACCUUCUACUCCCUUGCGUGAUACAUUUCGGCCUCAACUUACAACUUCGCUAGCCAAGCAGCUGGCUCAGACGGGGAAAGGCGUUCUGGGCGUCGUUCAUUCUGAAGAUAAGGCUCAUGAUCAAGUCUCGACAUCCACAACACAUCUAUCAAUGAAGAACUGCCCUCUCUCCGAUUACAAUAUCUUAUCGAUUCCUACCAUGCUUGUCGUACUCGAUAUCUCUGGCUCCCAGCUCGAGAUGCUGCCUUUCUCACUCUCGUCUUGUACCUCGCUAGAAGAGCUCAAUAUUUCUGGAAACCCGUUCGGCAGAUCUGAAUUGGCCGCGCCUUUGGCGAGCUUGCGUUCUUUAGAACACUUACGAGUACUACUGGCUGACGAUUGCGAAUUACCGUCCAUUCCGCAAGAACUCAUCGUGAUGUCUCAGCUCCAGAUCCUUGGUGUGCGGCGAAACCGUCUAACAUGUUUGCCAAGUUGGCUGUACGUGCUCGAAUAUCUGGACUGCUUGCUCCUCGAAGGUAACAUAUAUUUCAAACCUGCAUGGAAAACGAUCCUGCAUCCAUUACUUCACAUGGACCAGGCUGAAUCAUACAGUCCUCCGUUCGUCACUUCGAACCCAAUUAUGUCUGCAUCUUCGCCUACAGUGGCAAGUCCCUCAGAGACACGCAAGCUGAGUGGACUCCUGAGCAAGUUCAAGCAUCCUAACCGAUCAGGCUCACCGCUGGACCGUACCCCCCACAGACAUUACCUGCGAAUGAAUGAGACUCAAGGCGGUGUCAGUAACGAUAAGCUCAGCACGCCACCUAGCCGUAUUCCUUCAGCCGUGCGGUCUUCGUCCUCGUCAUCUUCGCAAAGCAGCUUGGUGGUACCUCAACAGACCCCAACAAAAAUGUCCAUUGUGCCUGUUCCUGUCACUAACCAGCCUCGCGUCAACCCACCACCUGAUCUAAAACCCAUUGAGUGCUUUCUUCCUGUGUACGAUAAAAAUAGCAACCCAGAGGAUGUGCUUGAUUGGUUCGCCCGUAUCGGUACUUGCCAUGUACGCAACUUGCGUGCAUAUUUGCGCGAUAUGGAUGAGCUCUUGCCUGACAGGCAGCGCGAAUUAGCGACAGUGGCUUUUUCAUCGACGGGAAGCAGUGGGUUGGGCAGUCCCACUAUGUCAUUCUCUGCAUUCUCGUCCACCGGCGCGUCGGACUCGACACCAGUUGGGACACCUGGCGAUGUCUCAAUGCGAAAUGGAAUCUUGGAUGAGGCUGGCGAGGCGGUCGCUGCCGUAGCCGCCCCUAGCAAUGUAAAGGAGAAUGCUAUCAAGCGGUAUCGUGUUCUGCGAGAAAUCGUGGAAACAGAGCGCACUUAUGUCGCCGGUUUGACAGAGCUUAUGGAAAUAUAUUUGAAACGUGCGCGCCAGCCAUUGGACGGCGUCUCAGAUGACCGUGUGCUAUCGGUGGAAAAAGAGCGCCUCAUCUUCGGUCAUAUUGAAGUUAUUAUCCAGUUCCACAUUGGCGCUUUUCUGCCAGCGCUUGAAGAAAAGACUCGUAUGCUUUUGGUAAUCCCUGAAUUGGAGGAGGAACGGCACGCGCUUCUCAGUGCAAAAGUUGCUGCCGAUGUGGCGAACGUAUUUUCCGAGUAUGCGGCCUAUUUCAAAAUGUAUAUGAACUACGUAAAUCAGUACGAAACAGCUCUGCGGGUUAUUGCUCAGUGGUACGAACCUAUCUCGCCUCGCGUACGAUCUGCCAUCAAGAAUUCUAGUUCAUCAUUGGCGUCGUUUGGCCAGCGCUUUUUGAACCUCGACACGGCUUUGUCUUCUGACGACAAGGCGUCUGGCGAUUCAUCUCCUAUGUCGUACAGCGAACACAAAAAGAUGCAACAGUUCCUAAAACGGUGCCGAGAUGACCCACGCCAUUCCCAAAUCAAUCUCGAAGGAUACCUAUUGCUACCAAUCCAGCGAAUACCUCGUUAUCGCCUGCUUCUGGAGCAGCUCAUCAAGUGCACAUCGCACGGUGUUUUGCCUGAUACAGACCAAGAGGCGCUCGCUCGAGCGCUUGCUCACAUCUCACUUGUCGCUUCCUGGGUCAACGAGGGCAAGCGGCAAUCUGAGCAGGGAAAGCGCCUCUUGCAGUGGCAGACGAAAUUACGCGGCACGUUUUCUGCGCCUCUCGUGCAGCCGCAUCGUCGCCUUAUUUGUGAUGGUCCGCUUCGACUCCGUCGUGUAUCGAAACGGUCUAUUCAGGCUCCGAGCGGAUGCAUAGCCGGCUUCGACGACGAAGUGCUUGAGCAAAUGACACUUGAUUUGCCUGUGACAAUGCUGCUUUGCAAUGAUCUUGCAGUGGUGUUAUCGAAUUUGACGUCCGAGGAAGCAUCUCCGCAUAGUGCAAAGCAGCACGCCACAGCCACAGCGUCAUCUCCAAGCGGCCUUGCCUCGUCCGAUUUCGGCAUGGUUGACUUGCUCGCUGUGUUAAGGCCUCAAGUCCACUCAUUUCCUCCAAGUAUGAACAAAAAUGUCACAAUUCCUCCAGCAUCUAUUGUUGGCCAACUGUAUCUACGCAUCGUUGAUGCCAAAUACAUUUACUACUUUGUCACACCCUCGUACAAAGAAGCUUUCCGAUGGCAGUCGUUAAUUAAUGCCCAGUCGUUUUGA